GAUGUCCAGACCACCAACGAGCACAAGACUCCUGAGCCUUACACCCCACACUGCUACGACCAUGCCGGCAAGGGGAAACCCUGUGAGAAAUAGCCCGAGAAGAAGCCCGACAAGAGUAUGUCCACUGACGUUUAUGAUCUCGAGAGACUCAUCGCUGACUUCAUCACAGAGCCCGAGGAGCCUCCCAAACACGACCUGCCAGAACACAAGCCCACAGAACCGAAGGUCAAGGAUCUGGAAUACCCUCCCAAGUGCUUUACUGAGUAUGGCAAGGAAAAGGCAUGCGAGAAGCAGCCUGACAAGAAGCCUGAGGAAUCACCCAAAGAUGAGGCGCCAGAGCAUGAGCCUCCGCAAGACCCCAAGAAAUGCUAUGAUUACCAUGGCAAGGAGAUCGAGUGCGAGAAGAAGCCUGUUCCAGAUGAGAAGCCACCAGUCCACGACAAGUGUUACGAUUUUCACGGUAAGGAGAUCAAGUGCGGCGAGACUCCCAAACAUUGAGUCGACCGAGUGUUCAUCGUAAUGGACAAAGGCGUGCAGUUCUUCAUCAUUGUCCGCCAAGUUGCGGACAGACACGUGCCAGGCCACUAGCAUUACGUGCUCGAA